CCGUGUGAUAUCACACGUGUUUAUUUAGAUAUAUAUCACUCCCACAAAUAUAUACCACUAUAUAUAUGUAGAGAGAGAGUCAAUACUUCAUAUCGAAGUUUCAAGCGCCGUCCUUAAGCAAUCAAAUCCAUAGCAAAGAGGAGAAGAGUUGGUACCCAAAAACACAGGGGAAGAUUUGUAGAGAGAGAAAGUAAUUGUGAAUGACGGUUAAUCAAGAAUUAUCGUUGCCCCCGGGUUUCAGAUUUCAUCCGACGGACGAGGAGCUCGUGAUGCAUUACUUGUGCCGGAAAUGCGCAGCGCAGACAAUUUCUGUUCCGAUUAUCGCAGAGAUUGAUCUAUAUAAGUUCGAUCCAUGGCAACUUCCAGGUAUGGCUCUGUAUGGUGAAAAGGAAUGGUAUUUUUUCUCUCCGAGAGACCGGAAGUACCCGAACGGUUCACGGCCGAACCGGGCGGCAGGAACCGGGUACUGGAAGGCAACCGGAGCCGAUAAGCCGAUUGGGCGGCCUAAGGCGGUCGGAAUAAAGAAGGCCUUGGUGUUUUACGCCGGAAAAGCCCCAAAAGGCCUCAAAACCAACUGGAUAAUGCACGAAUACCGCCUAGCCAACGUGGAUAGGUCGGCUGGCAAGAGAACCAAUUUAAGGCUUGAUGAUUGGGUGCUAUGUCGCAUUUACAACAAGAAAGGGUCCUUGGAGAAGCCCAACACAUUUGAUCGGAAAAUAACAAAUUUUCCAGAAAUAGAAGAACGGAAGCCAGAAAUUAUGACCACCACUUAUAAUGGAAUGACAACAUCGUUGUUGCUGCCACCACCGCCACAAUCACAACCACAACCACAACCACAACCACCGCCUAUCCAAUUGAACAAUGACAUGCUACAUUUUGAGACAUCAGACUCAAUGCCGAGGUUGCACACGGAUUCGAGCGGUUCGGAACACGUGCUGUCACCGGAAUUCACGUGGGAGAAGGAGGUCCAAAGCGACCCCAAAUGGGAUGAUGACUUUAACAAGGCCCUUGAUUUCCAAUUUGGUUACAUGAAUUCUUUUCCAGAUGAGGACAUUUUUGCCUCUCAAGUACAGUUCUCACCAAUGCAGGACAUGUUCAUGUAUACUCAGAACCCCUUUUAGCCGUUGGAUCAAAUCAAAUUUGUGGGUGGUGCUCAAAACAAUUGUUAGUACAUUCGUAGCAUGGUGGUGGUGGCCCAGAAAAUCUUUGACCUUGUGGACGUGCGGGUGGCAUUUUAGUCUUUAGGUUAAUGGGGAUGUUUGUCCAUGUUAAUAUAUUUGUACUAGAAGUAGGGCAUUCUUGUAUUUAAUGGUUUGUUGUAGCAAAUCUAAUUAUUUUUUAAAUAUAUGUUAUACUAAAUUAUUUCGUUACAA